AUGGAUGCUAAGCCCCAAAGAGUUAUUAUGGAAGUUAAUGCAAUCAGUGAUACUCCUUACGACAUGCUGGUCGACGUAAGUACGCCUCGAGAGAAGGCGAAUGAUGAAGAAUGUACAGGUGGAAUCACUAAUCAACCCAAGGGUAAUAAUGGUAAUGCUGAGAUUCAAAUUAACUCUUUGGAAAGCGGUGGAGAUAAUGCCAAACUUACAUUUAAGAAGCUACGCAGGAAACAUAAAAACUCUAAAAAUGGAUGUGCCGAUUGUAAAGCCAGGAAAUUGAAAUGUGAUGAGAAAUUACCAAUUUGUUCGUUUUGUUCUAAGAGAGGUAUUCAAUGUUCGUAUCUUACAAUGACACCAUUUCAAAUUCAUCAAAUACAGAUAAGUCACUAUGAGCAGAGUAAGAUGCGAAAAAGACAGACCGGCGAAUUUGCCGAAAGAGACCAUGAAGCUGAAAAUGACAACGAGGCUGAUGAGUCUGAAGAAGAAGAGGAAGAGGAGGAGGAGGAAGAGGAGGAGGAAGAGGAGGAGGAAGAAGAUGAGGAAGAAGAAGAUAAAAUCAGUAAACAUAUUGACGAUUCUCCACUGUAUGCGGUAAAUAACCCACGCAAAAAUGAAUAUAUUUAUGCACCUACACGCCAAAUCAAUUUGAGAAACGACCAGCUCUUAAAUUAUAAUGCCCAUAGAAAUAUUGUGUAUCAAGCCCAUGAAUUAGAAGGAAUUGUUUUACCCCCAUCUAUUGGGGUUGAAAUACCAUAUAAUGAAUCAAUCAAUAUUGGAAAUUAUAUCCCAUUAACAACCUUCAAAUCAAAUGAACAGCUUGAGAUUAUAAAUGAUUUCGAAAUGAAUUUCUCUAUACCCUUGGGUGGAACAAGUAGAGUUGUGAACAAGACCUUUAAUAUCAAUAGGAAUAAAGAAAUUGAGAUAUUAAACAAAGAAUAUGAAAAACUUGAGUUGAUUAACGACUGUAUAUUAAAGGGAGAUUUGACCAGAUUGGCCUUGAAAUAUAAUAGGAAAGAUGUUUAUCAAUUUAUAAUUGGGUCCAGAAUACAAAUCAUGGCGAUAUUGCAAAUAUUCUGCAAAUUAUUAAGAAAUUCAAUCAAGCUGUUAUCAAUUGACUACUUCAAGAAUAUCAUCAUGAAGCAAGAUAUAUUACCGCUGGUUAAAUACAAGGAGAAGAUCUCGAUAUCUUCAGCACUGGAGAACUCCUCGGUGGUAUUGAUUGAUUUAAUUACUCGAAUCAUUAAGGAGGAGUAUCUACCUGAAUAUGACGACUUUUUAGAGGCUCGAUUAUCCUUAUUAUCUUCUUCAUUUUUUGUUUUAAAUUUAUGCUUGGCAUUUCAUUUUAAGAAUGGUCUAAAAUUCAAUAUUAACUAUGAUGAAGGGAAAAAAAAUGUCAAAUUAAUCGGAAUAUUUUCAACUGGUAUGUACUCGGUUAUUAUGGAUAAGACCAAGACGGAUUUGCGAUUAUCUGGGAGCAAUGUAUUGUCAAAGUUUCUAACCUUGGAUUUCAAAUAUCUGUUGCUUCGGAAUUACAACCAUGAUAAUUUGGACGAAAUCAAGAGGAUGUUGGAGAGACUCAAUUCAAAAUAUUUGAACAACGUUGACUAUGAGAAUUUGAAGAUUUUCCUCCAUAAGCAUUGUAAACUGAUUAGGGAUAAUUACAGAAACGAUACAAUCAUGAACUACGAUGUUGGAUAUAUGUUACGGAUAUUGAACGAAUUCCAGUCGAUCAUACCGAGAGACAUAUGUAAUUUAAACUAUGAGGUUCAUGACGGAAGAUUGAAUGAUGAGAAAAUCGUAAUCUAUUUAUUCUAUGUUGUAACCAGUGAGAUAUUACAAGUUACUAUACCAUCGAUCAAUGCCUUUUCGUCGAAUGGGUUCUAUGGUAAUGGAUGGUUCAUGUUCAACUUCAACAGAGAGGGGCUUAUGAAAACAUUCAAAAAGAUCCAGAAUAGAGAGUUUCAAAUCAUUGGCUUGACUUUGGUUCGAAUAUGUGCAUUUUUCAGCAACCGAACGGAGAUAGUCCAAAGGUAUUUGAAGAGCAUGACGUUGGAAAGCAUCUUUGGAAAUGGAGAUGGGUCUGGAGAAGAAGAAGAAGUGAAUGUUGAAGAGAAAUACCAUGCAUUAAGAAAGGCUAGGGACGAGUGUCCUAUAACGGAGAUGAAUGUCAAAUCAUUCAUUUUAGAGAAGGGCCAGUUUAUCCGGGAAUGGAACUAUCCCAAUAUGGAAAACUUAAAGCCGAAGCGCUGGUUUAAGGUUGCUCAAAACAAGCUGAUCCAUGAGAAAAGCGUGGACAUGUUAUUGACGGAUUUUUCACAAAAUGGGAGCGGGUUUUUCUCGUUAGAUUAUGACCCCAAUGAUAUGAAUCGUAAGACCGGGGCUGAAAAACCCCAGCCGCAAGUAGAGGUGGAAUUUGAUGGAUUUGCCAUUAAGACAAUGUGGAAACUCCUUGUUUACAUGAGAAUGAACAACCUCUAA